GGAAUAAGAAAAAAACUCAGCAAUCACAGAAAAAGAAGACCGUCUUCGCGAGUCUCGUCUCAGGUUGGAAGGAAGCUAACCAUCUUUGAUUGCAUUUCAACGGCACCGCACAUGCGCACAUUUUCCGCCCGCGAAACUUCUCGGUCGCCAAUGGCUUCCAGUGGCAUCAACAAAACAGUUCCCAGUUGCAGUUGAGAAACUUUCGUCAAACGAUCCGAAAUGGAGCUGGAGCUGACCCACGUCGACUACACGACCGUCGGUCUUACGGCAUCCAAUUGUCUCCAACUGCUUCCGGCGUCGUCGGGCACCGGAAGUGGAAGCGAUCGGAACGGCAAACAACAGCAGAAGGUAGUCGUCGGGGACCAGGACGGGGUGCUUCAGGUCUUCUCCAUGAAAAAGGACGAGCUGCAGAUCCACUUCAAGACCUUGCCGCACGAUAAGAUCGCCUCGGUCAAAUUGGGCGGUCAGGCGGGAUCGGUAGCGGACAAGAUCUUCACGGCUGCCGAGAACAAAGUUCGGGGCUUCAACAAGAAAGGUAAGAUGUUUCUAGCGUUCGAGACCAACCUGACGGAGAACAUCCGAUCGAUGUUUGUGAGCGGAAGCGAUCUGCUGGUAUGUGGCAACCACGUGUACAACCAUUACAAGGACUGCAAGGAGCAUGGAUCUUACCUGUGCGGGGACGCGAUCGUUGACGUAGCUGCACUUUGUCCAAAUAAUACAAGCCGUUUAAUCACUGUCCUGGCAUGUUCGGGUCGGGUGUUGCGAAUUCUCGAACACUCACGUGUUCGCCAAACGCUGGAGCUGGAAAGUGUUCCCACGGUACUGCAUGUUCCGAAGUGCCUCGGCGAUAGACUCCUGUGUGGCUUCGCAGAUGGCAAGGUGAUACUUUUUCACAUCAAUCUAUCGAUUAGCGAAGUCAAGCGGGAAACUUUGGUCGAGGAUACGGAGAACAUGAGUGCCGUUACUUGUAUUGGGACGUAUGAUCUUUCCGGCGAUGGUAAAGACGAGUUGAUCGUUGGACGCAGAGAUGGAACGCUUCAGGUGUUUACAAUGAAUUCGGACGAAUAUCAGUUCGAGAUGGAAUGCACCCAAAUCUAUCGGGAGAACUUCAAUGAGAGCAUUUCCAGUGUUCAGGGCGGUUGCGUUGGUGCAAACAACUAUGCAGAGAUCGUUGUCUGCACGUAUUCCGGACGGGUGUUCGGCUUAACAACGCAAUGCAUCAGCAAAAGUCUAAGCGAUUCAAACAAACGUGGCUCGGUUAACAUGGCACCGGAUGCCUCUAGUAAACUACAUAAACUGCGAGCCGAGAUUUAUGAGCUUGAGCAAGCGAUCACAAGGGAACGCGAAAGGUAUCAACUAUCGACACAAGCUCUAUCUACCGGGGUGUCUGCCAUACCUAUGCUCCCAGUCAACGAUUCUUUGAUACUCUGCCAAGAAGACGCGACUUACUCGUUGACUAUAGAGCUCCCUACCCCGAUCGAGCAUGUACUGUUGCAAUGUGACGCCCCGAUCAACCUGAUUGACGUGGAGAAGAACUCCGCUGUUGUCAGCUUCAGCGAAUGUGACAAGAUGAGCGGCAACAGUCUUUUGGCAAGCUAUCGCUGCCAGUCCAACACCAAUCGAGUGGACCUGAAGUUCCGUACAGUCGAAGGUCAGAACGGAACCCUCCAGGUAUACACGACGCCUAAUCUACAGCCCAAGUGUUGCCAGCUGAAACGCUACUCGAUCAAGCCGCUAUCGCUACAUAUGAUUGUCCACAACCUUUCGGACGAGAUGCUGGCCAGACCUAUGAACGUGCUUGUUCUUAAGGGUGCCUUUAGUCAGGCUGAGAUGCACAACUGGUUGAUCAACAGCAUUCCGGAGAUACCGGAGAAAAUCUACGGCAACGAGCGGAACCGCCUCAUGUUUCGCCAUGUCUUCAUCGGGACACUAUUGAUUUGCGACUACGGAAAGGCGGAAGCGGACUUCAGAAGCGAUAACAUUUCCACUAUUUCUAUUCUGAAAGACUUCAUCACGAAGGAAGCUACGAAGAAGAGGAUCAAACUUGAAAUUAAUACUAACAUCAACGAACAGACGAUCCCUGGAUUGAUCAAGUUGAUCGAACCGAAAAUCGUUCACUACAACAAACUGACCAAGGACUACCAAAUCCUGCAGGCGCUGAUUGAUUUGGAUAUCCGGAGCGACGAGGAGUUCGAUACCCUUUCGGAGGAAUAUCGACAGUUGUUGGAAAAUCAGCGGCAGAUUGAGGCGGAGUUCAAGAAGCAACCGACCAUUCUAAACCGCAUCUAUGGCAUACUGACGGAUCUGUACAUCGACAAGUUCAAGUUCAAAGGCGUCAGCGUGAAGACGAAACUGCCGCAGUUGAUCGAACUGCUGGAUAACUACAAUUAUGACGAGCUGGUGAAUUUCUAUAGUGUUUUGAAAGGUGGCGAUGAUGAUCAAUAAAAAUGAGAUUACAAUAUAGUAA